AUUGCUCCGGAAGCGCUCUCUCUUUACCUAUCUGGGACUUGCCAUCCUCUCGUGUUCCCUUCUCCGAAACAAACGAGCUCAUUCAACGUGUUCUCAUUGGGGGGUGGUCGCUCGGUUAACAUUAGAGUGAUUAUAUUCAAUUGCACGAGACGCUUUUCGACUUGUUUUAAAGGCCAACGCAAUCAAAAACAUCAAGCUAAAGAAUAGAGACGUCGAAGAUGAGAGGAAAUCAAGGCCAUGAGGAGCAACUGGAAAACAAGAAAAUGAGGUGUCCUGCAGACGUAACUAUGACCGAGCUUCACCCUCAGAGGCACGAUCCCAUCCGCAUUAAACAGGAGGAGUCGGAGAUGCCGUACAUCAAACAGGAGGCGGAGCCAGAGACCCCCAGCAUUAAAGAAGAAAAACAGGAAAAUGAAAUCGCCAACAUUCCAAUAACUGUCCGUGUGAAGAGUGAAGAAGACGAAGGUCCAAGUGAAAACAGCGGAGCAGCGAAACCUUCGAGCGACGGCUCAUUUCAACACCCGACAACAAAAAGAGAGGGACGAUCGCAACCUGACGGUUUGUUAGCGCCGCUCUCGGACAGUGACGACGUAACGUCACACUCUUCUGACUUUAACACUGAUGGGGAGGAUAAAGACUUUGACCAAAAUGCUUCAAAAUCCUUGAACAAGUCAUUAUUGAAACGAGACACAAAAGCGGUUGGGAAACCAUUUAACUGCUCACUUUGUGAUAAAACAUAUUCAAAGAGACAUCACUUACAAGCACACAUGCAUGCACACAUCGGGAAGACGCCUUUCGUCUGCACAUCUUGUGGUAAACAAUUUGCGAAUAAGGGAAGUUUAAACACACACACAAUGACACACAGUGGAGAGAAGCCUUUUCCCUGCUCUUGUUGCGAAAAAAGAUUUUCUCGUAAGCAAGCGUUAGAAGCACACAUGCUUACACACACCGGGGAAAAGCCUUUUCUCUGCACAUUAUGUGGUAAAACAUUCAACCAGAGGGGAAGUUUAAAUAGACACACAAGAACACACACGGGGGAGAAGCCUUUUGUCUGCACAUAUUGUGGUAAAAGAUUCUUCGAGAAAAGAGAUUUAAUCAAUCACACUAAAACACACUCUGGGGAGAAGAAGCCUUUUGUCUGCACAUAUUGUGGUGAACGAUUCGCCGAAAAGGGACAUUUAAAUAAACACACAAUCAUACACACUGGAGAAAAGCUUUUUACCUGCGCGCUUUGUGAUAAAAGAUAUCUCACGCAGGCAGAUUGGAAAAUUCACACAAUCACACACAACGGAGAGAAGCCUUUCGCCUGCUCUUUUUGCGGUAAAAGAUUUUGUCGUAAGCAAGCGUUAGAAACACACACGCGUACACACACUGGGGAAAAGCCUUUUCUCUGCACAUAUUGUGGUAAAAGAUUCACACAGAAGGUACAAUUAAUACGUCACACAAGUGUACACACAGGGGAAAAUCCUUUUCCCUGAUCAGUUUGUGGUAAAAAAUAUUUACCCGGAAGGAAGAUUUAAACAAUCCCGCAAGAAGACACACCCGGGUUUCCCCUAGGAAUUUUUGAAGCUGUGCUGGUGGACUGCAUUGGCGUCGGGUCAGCUUCAACGUGUUGUGCCUUGGCAAAAUUGCUUCAUAUCAUGAAAAAUGAGGGUUUUAUUCCAAAUAUUUUCCCCCCCAAGAACAACCGUAACAAAUAGCUAUUUGAAAUAUUUCAUUAGCCAGGCUCUCAGCUACGGCACAUGUACGUCAAAUGCGUAGCUGAUUACAGCUACAUUACCCCUGCCAUAGACUUCAUAACCUUUUGACAUGACACGGGAUCGCGGCCAAUCGGUAGGGGGCCUAUUUUCAAAAACUUAAAAUAUUUUCAAAACCAAAGCUGCUACCGACCUAAAACCAAAACAGGCUACCUUAGCCAUAUAUGAGUCUCCAUGAGCAGUGGCGUUAAAAAAUUUAAAGUCGAUCCCUUAUAAAAUCCUGAUUAAUUAUUUUUUAUACAAGUGUAACAAAACUUAAAAUGGCUAUAAAAGUCUCAGAUUUUACACUAGAUGCACAAAAUUCGGACAUAAUCACAUACAGUGGGGCAAAUAAGUAUUUAGUCAACCACUAAUUGUGCAAGUUCUCCGACUUGAAAAUAUUAGAGAGGCCUGGAAUUGUCAACAUGGGUAAACCUCAACCAUGACAGACAGAAUGUGUGUGUGUGUGUGGGGGGGGGACCCAAAAAAUCACAUUGUUUGAUUUUUAAAGAAUUUAUUUGAAAUUCAUGAUGGAAAAUAAGUAUUUGGUCAAGACCAAAAGUUCAUCUCAAUACUUUGUUAUGUACGCUUUGUUGGCAAUACCCGAGGCCAAGCGUUUUCUGUAACUCUUCACAAGCUUUUCACACACUCUUGCUGGUAUUUUGGCCCAUUCCUCCAUGCAGAUCUCCUCUAAAGCAGUGAUGUUUUAGGGCUGUCGUUGGGUAACACAGACUUUCAACUCCCUCCACAGAUUUUGAGAUCUGGAGACUGGCUAGGCCACUCCAGAACCUUGAAAUGCUUCUUACGAAGCCACUCCUUUGUUGCCCUGGCUGUGUGUUUGGGAUCAUUGUCAUGCUGAAAGACCCAGCCCCGUCUCAUCUUCAAUGCCCUUGCUGAUGGAAGGAGAUUUUCACUCAAAAUCUCUCGUUACGUGGCCCCAUUCAUUCUUUCCUUUACACAAAUCAGUCGUCUUGGUCCCUUUCCAGAAAAGCAGCCCCAAAGCAUGAUGUUUCCACCUCCAUGCUUCACAGUGGGCAUGGUGUUCCUCGGAUGCAAUUCAGUAUACCUUCUCCUCCAAACACGAGAACCUGUGUUUCUACCAAAAAGUUCUAUUUUGGUUUCAUCUGACCAUAACACAUUCUCCCAGUCCUCUUCUGGAUCAUCCAAAUCCUCUCUAGCGAACUGCUGACCAGCCUGGACGUGUAAUGGCUUCAGCAGGGGGACACGUCUGGCAGUGCCGGAUUUGAGUCCCUGGCGGCGCAUUGUGUUACUGAUAGUAGCCUUUGUUACUGUGGUCCCAGCUCUCUGUAGGUCAUUCACUAGGUGGCCCCCGUGUGGUUCUGGGAUUUUUGCUCACCAUUCUUGUUAUCAUUUUGACGCCACGGGGUCAGAUCUUGCAUGGAGCCCCAGAUCGGGGAGAUUAUCGUUGGUAUUGUAUGUCUUCCAUUUUCUAUUAAUUGCUCCCACAGUUUAUUUCUUUACACCGAGGGAAGAGUUGCAGAAAACAUUUGGCCUCAGUUAUUGCCAACAUAGGUUACAUAACAAAGUAUUGAGAUGAACUUUUGGUAUUGACCAAAUACUUAUUUUACUUAAUACUUAUUUUCCACCAUGAAUUGCAAAUAAAUUAUUUAAAAAUCAAACAAUGUUAUUUGUUUUGGUUUUUUCCGCAUUGUCUCAUGGCUGAGGUUUACCCAUGUUGACAAUUACAGGCCUCUUAUUUUUUCAAGUAGGAGAACUUGCACAAUUGGUGGUUGACUAAAUAGUUAUUUGCCCCACUGUAUAUAAGUUUUUGACCAAAAUGGCCACUUAAUUUUUUUUAUUUACUGCAAGUCUUCAACAGCUAAAAAAUCACUCAAUUUAACAUUAGAAACUUAAUACUUGCGGAAAACAUUAUAAAAUGUAAAUAGAUUAUUAAUGAAUUCUAUAUACAAUCACAACUCAUAGAAUAGCCCUUUAUUAUCAUGAUACAGUUAUACAAUGAAAUUGUGGCGCAUCCCUUUACAGUGCAGGAUAAGUUAAAAUCUCAAAAGUGACGUGCAAUUUGAAAUCUAAAUAAACAUACUGUAAAAAUAAAAUGCGUAUGAGAUAGUCCUAUAAUUCAGGCAGUGCAAAUAAUCGAUGUGGUGUUACCAGGAUGUGGGCCUCGUCUUUCAACAAUUACAUAGCCUUUUUCUAUGCCUUGCGUUUUCUGGUCACCUCGACUUGUACAAGUCCCUGUUCCUCGCCAUCUCCUUUCUGCCCUCCUCGACUGGGCUCCUUUUCCUGCCGGCCGGCCACUCCAAGGACUUGUUCUUCCUCGCUUCUGAAGUCACAUCCUUGGGGAAGUUCGCACCAAAACACUUGAAGAGGGACCGCCAGGAACUCCAGCAGGGAGUCCCACAGCGACAUUCUAAAGGACGCAAUGUGGGCCAUGGGGAGAAAUGGCCGCUUGAGACAGCCUGGCUCGUCUCCAGGUCUCCCUUGUCCCCUGUAUGAUCUCCAGGAUGUCGGCUCUGUGUUCCUCCUUGCCCGUGCGACCGUGUUAGUGUUGACGACCGCCACGAUGAGCCAGACUCUCUGCAUCACGAUCGAAGCGUGCGCCAGCACCUUCUGAGUCAACUUGUAGCCGGCCUUGACAGACUUGUAGAUUUCCCACCUGGCCAGCACCUUCCCGCUCAAGAAUCGUGCCGUCCUCAUCCUCUCAGGCUCCUAAAACACAUGUUUGUUUUAGAAAGAUAGGUGUUUUGAGUAAUCUUUUAGGGGUGUCAAACGAUUAAAAAUUUUAAUCGAGUUAAUUACAGCUUAAAAGUAAUCGUAAUUAAUCGCAAUUAAUCGCAAUUCAAACCAUCUAUAAAAUAUGCCAUAUUUUUCUGUAAAUUAUUGUUGGAAUGGAAAGAUAAGACAAGGCGGAUAUAUACAUACAACAUACUGUACAUAAGUACUGUAUUUGUUUAUUUUAACAAUAAAUCCACAAUUAAUUAUCAACAUUCUUUCUGUUAAAGUGAUCCACGGAUAAAUGUUAUAGUUACAAGUUAUAGUAAUUUUAUAUUAAAACCCCUCUUCAUGUUUUCGUUUGAAUAAAAUUUGUAAAAUUUUCAAUCAAAAGCAGAGUUAAUAUAAUAAUAAUACGAAUAGAGUGACCAAAGUCUGAGUAAGUUUUACGUGUAUUUUGCAUAGCUAUUUUGAUAUGGAAUGCCAGUUCAUUUUGCAUUGUUGUUUAACUGUGAGAAUAGGGCCUCAUUACUAUAAACUGAAGUGCUUUUCUUUUUGUGAACAUAUUUUUCUUUUUGAGAGAGAUAGGCAUAUUAUUUUUGUUGUGCUUUCACUAAACGAUACUUAUGUUUGUUGUGAAGGAGAAGCUUAUGCCAAUAAACGGCGCGGUCCAAAGAACGCCUGUGUCCACUCGCCUUUAUAAAAUACAUAUCUCUCUACAUAUCUUACCCAAAAUACAACAAGAGACACAUAAUUGCCACUAAAAGAGAGAAAACUUACCGAAAUAUGUGUGGAGCACAAAUAGCAAUUUGCAUUGCAUUGUGCAUACAGCAUAAACGUCUCCCAACUACGAAUUCUCCCACGUUUAGAAGAAAUAACAUUAGUAUGGAACGGCGCCGCCCCCAAGCGGCCGGUGGCAUUCUCUUGGCCUCAUUGUAAUCUGUUUAGGGCAAUGUGCGAGCUGGUAAUUCAGUGCAUGCAUUAAUCGUGUCAAAUAUUUUAACGUGAUUAAUUAAAAAAAUUAAUUAACUCCCGUUAACGCGAUAAUUUUGACAGCCCUACUUUUUUUUAUAAAUUGAACAAUGCUUGCCACUUACUUCAGCCCCAGGACACCUGGGCAGCACCAUACAGCUGUUGUUGUAGAAGCUGCUGUAGAUGUUCUUCCAAAGGUGCACGGGGUAAAAGUAGACGAAGAUCUGCUUGUUGCCGUCGGCAUAGGGGUUGGUGUAGGACCAUGGUGUUUCACUGAAAGUUAUUAGAUUGAAAUAUUACUUAAAAUAAAACGUAAAAGCUGAUUGUUUUUUUUUUAAUAUGGACGCAGAAAUGUGUAAAAUAAAAUCUAGGGAUACAAAAUACAACUUGGCCGCAGUAGCAAAACAAUGAGGUUUUUAUGUUGAAAUUCUUGUGAAUAAAUGCUUAAAUCCCUGAAUUCUUUAUAGAUAUGGACGUAAAACAGUCUCGAUACUUGCUUAAAGGAAAAAAGAACCCGUGCAGGUAGCAUGUAUUUUACGUAAAUAUGGCGAAUGUGUGGCUCGUCUUUAAGUUCACUGUGGCGCCGCCUUACAACAAGUCCGCAGCAAAGAGCUUUUUACUUCAAUCACUGAAUUCUUUAUAGAUAUGGACGUAAAAGUGUCUCGAUUCUUUGAUCAAAGAGCUAAAAACCGGGCAGUUAAGCAUCUAUUUUACUUAUAUAUGUCGAAGAAUGACGCCAAUGUUGUAGCCGUUCCCAUUCUCCCAUUGAUUUUUUUCACGUUUUAAAAUGCAUGCAUGGUACGAAAAAUAUAUUUACCUUGAAUCCUCGAACAAAUCACUCCUUACAAUCCUUACAGUUUGUAUGUGGCACAGCUUUCGUAGUUCUUCAAAAAUCCAAGCUUAAACUCUGCUUUGACAUGACCGUGUGCCGUCUUUGGCUGACUAUUACUAAACGAAGCUUCAAGCUCGGCCCCCGACGGUAAGGCAUGACGCAGAAAAUGACAAAGAGUCAGGUCAACAGGUAAUGCAGUCUAUGCCCCUACGUAAUGAAACAACUUUUUUUCUUGUAGCAAUAGUACGACUUACAUCUCAGUCGUUAUUUUUCCUUUUAUUUGGCUCUAAUACAUACUACAUUACAACAACAAUAAUAGUCCUUCUGUUAACGGACCCUCAUCCGUUGACAAAUUAUUUCUAAAGACUUCAAAAAAACUCAUCUGACAUUACAACCGGCGACAUCAGCAACGAACAAAUGCUAUGCUAGGACGCGAUGCUUCGGGUCAAACAAGCCAUACAGAACUUAAACAUGAUGUCAAUGUCAAUAUUCAGGUCAUUUUAACAGGCUUAAACCAGAAUUACUGUACAUUCAUGAACUCGAAAUAACUUUGAGGAUUUUUAUCCCAAUUUCCAACUCCGCGCCAACGUAGUCAGGCGCAAGCUUGCAACGAGAGAACCGAUGUGAUUUUCACAAUAUGGCGUGUAAAGGAACAAUUUGUAUUUGACGUGCCAUUUCAGAUGAGCUUUGGCAAAUAUUAUGUAAAUAAUGAGAUAUAUAUUCAUUUAGACAUUAAAUUUUACAAAUUUAAAAUUACAAUGUAUCUUUAAAUCUCCGAGGCCUUUUCACACUAGCAUCAGUCCAGAGCGGUCCACGGCACGCACAAAACUGGAGGAGCCUGACAUACACGCUGUCAGGAAGUGAAAAGCGGCAGGCAUAUUUAUUAUAGUCUGAAGCACCAAUCCGUUUAUUUUUCAUUGUUCCACACGAAUACAGGGACUUUUCCUAUUUCAAGGAGUAAAUUACAAUAGACGUGUGGAGUUUUACUAGUUUCGGUGAGAAGGUGAAUAGUUUUGUUGUUGUUGUUCCUUAACUACAUUUCCACACAAACGCACAUAAAGGUACUAUUUAGCUCAGCAAGGAGAGGUAUGAAAGUCAUUUUCUGAGUGUCCCAGAGCUCGCAAAACUUUUUAAAGCGCAUUUAUCAAGGUUUCGUCGGCCGUGAUUACGUAUAGUGCCCUCCAUAAUUAUUGGCACCUCUGAAAAAGAUGUUUUUUAGCUUCUAAUAUAUAUUUUUUUAAUUCAAAUAAUAUGGGACCUUAAUGGGAAAAAAAGAGAAAAAUCCAACUUUCAAUACAAAUGUCAAUACAAGUCUCAUCUGACCAAAGCACACGGUCCAAGUUGAAGCCUGGGACCGAGUGUAUUUUUGUGUGAGACCAAGAUUGAGCUUUUUGGCAACAAACACUCUAAGUGGGUCUGGCGUGCCACGAAAGAUGCGCAUGCUGAAAAGCACCUCAUACCCACUGUGAAGUAUGGGGGUAGGUCAGUGAUGCUGUGGGGCUGGUUUCGCUUCCAAAGGCCCUUGGAACCUUGUUAGGGUGCAUGGCAUCAUGAAUGCUUUGAAAUACCAGGACAUUUUAAAUCAAAAUCUAUUGCCCUCUGCCCGAAAGCUGAAGAUGGGUCGUCACUGGGUCUUUCAGCAAGACAAUGACCCUAAACAUAUGGCCAAAUCUACACAGAAAUGGUUCACCAGACACAAAAUCAAGCUCCUCCCAUGGCCAUCUCAGUCCCCAGACCUUGUUUUGUUGGCAAAAGGGGGUUGUACAAAGUAUUAACACCAGGGGUGCUAAUAAUUGUGACAUUAUUUGAUGUCAAAUAAUUUUUUCUUUAUGUGGGAUUUUUCCCCCACUGAAUGAAUGCACUUGUAUUGAAGGUUGGAUUUUUCUCUUUUUUUCCGUUUAGGUCCCAUAUUAUUUGGAUUACAAAAAAAAUAUUAGAAGCUAAAAAACACAUCUUUUUCAGGGGUGCCAGUAAUUAUGGAGGGCACUGUAUAUCCGUCUGCCGAAACAGCCUGAUAGUUCAGAUAUAAGUACGCCUGCCCUUCUGCUAUUGGAUGCGUUGUUGACGUAAGAGCAGCUGCGCACUGAAAAUAGAGCAAGUCCGUUCAAAAAUACACAAAGAUUGGGUUGCCGCUAAACUCUUCACAUGAGGCUGCCGUUAGUUUGAAACGGCCUUAAGAAAGUGCGCCACAAUCUUUUAUGUGGAGGGGGAAAUCCUGAACAUCUAAUUUACUUAUGGUUAACUGCUUUUCACAAUUUUACUUCUGAUUGUCGACAAUACUUUGAUGCUUCCCUUGUUUUUGUUGUUGUUUGUCCAAUUUCCAAAUUUUAUAUGAAUAGUUUCCGGGAAGAUUUCGUCUUGUACAUUGUAAUAAUUUGAAAUCUGCUUCAUUGGAGAAUUACUGGACUUUUUUUAUGAUUACUAUCAAAUAUUGUUGUUCAUUACUGACUGACUGAUUUCCUUUUUUGUGAACUGUUUUUAGUACUCUGUUUUAUAAAUAUAGGGUGUAUAUAUACCAGUACUCUUUGCAUUGCAUUAAUUUACUUAAUUGGAAAACAAUGGUAUCGUGCUUACAAUGAAUUAUUAGAAAUAUAGCAUUGUUUUUGACAGCCCUCUUAAUUCCUUUUGAGUCUUUUGGACGAAAAUACUUACCGUACUUUUUGGAUUAUAAGCUGCUAUUUUGUUUCUCGGAUUUUGAAUCCUGCGGUUUAUAGUCCAAUGUCUUUUAUUUGUUGAUUUAUUUGGGUUAAUUGUAACACUGAAUUUGACAGCGGCAUCAUAAGACUGUCGUAAUUAUGACAUGACACUGUCAUAUGCAUUAAUAAAUGCUUAUGACAGAAGUGUCAUCCGUCAAAUUUGGUCACUGACUCAAUUUAUGCCCAUCUUGGAUCUUUUACAUCCAUUCAAAAGUGAGAAAAAUUGCCGGAUGACACUAAAUGACAUCUGUCAUAAGGAUUCAUUCAUGCUCAUGACAGUGUCAUGUCAUAAUUAUGACGGUCUUAUGACGCAGCUGUCAAAUAGUGUUACCGGUAAAUACCAUUUUUAUGUCAAAUUUGCUGAGUGGCAGCUUAUAGUCAGGUGUGCCUUUUAGUCCAAAGAUUACAGUAGUUAUAUUUUAGUCAUUUUAAAAUGUGUUCGUUUUUGUGUAGUUUUAGUCGUCGAUUACUCAAAACUAGGGCUGUCAAAGGAUUAAAAUUUUUAAUCGAGUUAAUUACAGCUUAAAAAUGAAUUGUAAUUAAUCGCAAUUAAAACCAUCGAUAAAAUAUGCCAUAUUUUUCUGUAAAUUAUUGUUGAAAUGGAAAGAUAAGAGACAAGACGGAUAUAUACAUUCAACAUACUGUACAUAAGUACUGUAUUUAUUAUAACAAUAAAUAAGAUGGCAUUAACAUUAUUAACAUUCUGUUAACGCGAUCCAGGGAUAAAGACUUAUAGUUCUUAAAAGAUAAAUGUUAGUACAAGUUAUAGAAAUUUUAUAUUAAAAGAAAAAUAUAUUUAAAAAACUAUUUUAUAUUAAUAAAAUUUGUAAAAUUUUCAAUCUAAAAAUAAACUAGUAGCUCGCCAUUGUUAAUGUCAAUAAUUACACAAUGCUCAUUGUGCUGAAUCCCAUAAAAUCAUUCACACCCAAGCGCCAGCAGAGGGCGACUAAUCACAAGUAACAGUUGGACAUUACACAGUGUUGUCAUUUUAAUCUGUUUGAGCGGGGCAUGUGCGUUAAAUGCGUCAAAUAUUUUAACGUGAUUAAUUUAAAAUAUUAAUAACCGCUUGUUAACGCGAUAAUUUUGACAGCCCUACUCAAGACGUUUUCGUCUGAAAUUCAAAAGUUUUCGGCGGAAAAACAAAGGUUCCUAACAAUAACAAUGUUAUGGUUCCUAACAACGUUAAUAAACGUUGACAGACGAGCACAUAUUUCAGCGUCUACAAGGAGAAAGCCCUACUUCAUGAUAUUACUCACUCGGCAGGAAACCAGUACAUUGUUUUCAAUGAAUUAAACCCACCACAAACAGAAUGUCAAAGUUCAGAGUUUAAGACUACGCUCGCCACACUAAAUGCUAAAGCUAACGUGAACGCUAUGCUAAUGCUACGAGCUAAAUUUUGUGUGUGAUGUUCACCCAGCACAGACUUUUAAA